AUGCCCUCUAACGACCUGUCGUACGUCGCAAUCGUCGUCGUGCUGAUCCUGACUCUGCUGUUUUUUGCUUCGCGCAUGCCCUCGAUGGAGUAUCUCACUCCAGUGCCAGCGGCUCAGACUUCAUCAACCAUACCACGCGCAUCCCUUUUGUCUUUCGCCCUGGACACGACGCUGGCUGACAUCAAUGCAUUCUCAAACUUGGCCAAUCGUUCGACGCUGUACGUUGUCGACAAGGGAACCAACGCCCUCGUGAAGCUCACCAGCGCUGAUCAAAGCAUGUGGGUUCGUCGAUUCACCUUCCCAGGCACCGGCCUGGACUCGACCACACUCCCCAGAUACGCAUUCUUCUUGACGACCACAGGUGUCGACUGGCCCCAGAAGGCGACCCUGCAGCUCACUGCCAAUACCAAUGGGGUGGUGUCAUCGUCCAGUAUCGAUAUUCGGCAGUUCCCGGGUGUCGCUCGCCUGGUCAUCCCACCACCAACGGGCAGAACAGCGGAUACGACAUACCUCUACAGUUUCGCCUGGCAAUAG